GAAAUGACAAAUCAAGAGAUAAGAUCAGCACUUUUUCUCUCUCUUUAGAGGAAACUAGUAGGGAUUGGCAUGACAUCAAGUGAAAGUACCUGCUCAAUUCUCAUCUCUGAGUGAGAGAGAGAGAGAGAGAGAGAGAGAGAGAGAGAGAGAGAUCUGUUUGUUUGGUUUUUUUUUUUUUUUUGGAGUGAUUGUUUAAAACUCGAAACGAAAUGGGCCUGAGGAGGUUUGGAAGAUUGGUCAAAUGGGUUGGUGGUAAUGGUAGGAGGCCAUUUUCAACCUCCUCCUCCUCCUCCUGUGAUGAAAUGAUGGUCCAGCAAAUUGCGAGUGGGAAAUCAUUGAACCUCUACUCUGCCAUCAACCAAGCGCUCCACAUCGCCUUGGAAACUGAUCCACGUGCUUAUGUAUUUGGAGAAGAUGUGAGCUUUGGUGGGGUCUUUCGUUGCACAACAGGCUUAGCUGAUCGAUUUGGUAAACAAAGGGUUUUUAAUACCCCUCUCUGUGAACAGGGCAUUGUAGGAUUUGGCAUUGGUCUAGCAGCUAUGGGUAAUCGAGCUGUAGCAGAAAUCCAGUUCGCAGAUUAUAUUUUUCCUGCUUUUGAUCAGAUUGUCAAUGAAGCUGCAAAGUUCAGAUACCGAAGUGGAAAUCAAUUUAAUUGUGGAGGUUUAACAAUACGAUCCCCCUAUGGAGCUGUGGGCCAUGGUGGACAUUAUCAUUCACAAUCUCCGGAAGCUUUCUUCUGUCACGCCCCUGGUAUCAAAGUGGUCAUCCCUCGAAGCCCACGGCAAGCAAAAGGCUUAUUGCUUUCCUGCAUACGCGAUCCAAACCCUGUUGUGUUUUUUGAACCAAAGUGGCUAUACAGAUUAUCAGUAGAAGAGGUUCCUGAGCAUGAUUACAUGUUGCCUUUAUCAGAGGCUGAGAUAAUUCGAGAGGGCAACGAUAUAACACUUGUUGGUUGGGGAGCUCAGUUAUCUAUAAUGGAACAUGCCUGUAAGGAUGCUGAAAAAGAAGGAAUUUCUUGUGAACUGAUAGACCUGCAAACUCUUUUACCUUGGGAUAAGGACACAGUGGAGGCCUCUGUCAGAAAGACUGGAAGGCUUCUUAUUAGUCAUGAAGCUCCGGUUACUGGAGGAUUCGGUGCUGAAAUAUCUGCCUCAAUUGUCGAACGUUGCUUCCUAAGGUUGGAAGCACCUGUUGCGAGAGUGUGUGGUCUGGAUACCCCAUUUCCUCUUGUAUUUGAGCCCUUCUAUAUGCCCAACAAGAACAAGAUAUUGGAUGCAAUCAAAUCAACUGUAAAUUACUAGUGUAAAAGCAAGUCUGCUUCUUUCUUCUGUCUCUAGUUUGCUUUCCUACUGUAGGUGCCAUCUCCCUCCAUUAUCACCUUGCACCCGUAUGAUGGGAGUAUGGAAAUAAUGUAGCACGAUGUCUUCACUCCUUCACUCAAUCUAUUUCGAUAUUUAAAAGAAACCAGCAAUAAUAUAUUUUUCAUCGUUAAAAAGCUAUAA